AGGGGACACCGAGGACUUCCGGCUGUAUCUGGGAGCAGGAUGGUGCGCUGCAGUGGGGUUUUGCUUAGGAAGUAUGGAAACUUCAUCGACAACCUGCGGCUCAUGGUGAGAGGCGGAGCUGGAGGAAUGGGGCUGCCACGAUUAGGAGGAGUAGGAGGAAAUGGUGGAGACGUGUGGAUGGUGGCAAAGCACAGCGUGACCAUGAAAAGUGUCAAAGACAAGUAUACACAUAAUCGGUUUGUGGGUGAGGUCGGAGAGAACAGUAGUGUACGUUCACUUAAAGGCUCGUCCGGUUCAGAUUGUCAGGUUGAUGUUCCUGUGGGAAUAACUGUCACCACUGAUGACGGGCUUAAGAUAGGUGAGCUGGAUAAAGAGGGAGACAAGCUCCGGGUUGCCAGAGGAGGUCACGGUGGUGGUUUCCGGACAAACUUCCAUCCAUCCAAGGGACAGAAAAGGAUCGUUCGGUUGGACAUGAAGCUGAUUGCGGACGUGGGAUUGGUCGGGUUUCCGAAUGCCGGCAAAUCGUCUCUGCUUAGCAAAGUGUCCCACGCCAAGCCUCAGAUUGCGGACUAUCCAUUUACAACAGUGAAGCCGGAGCUGGGGAAGAUCAUGUAUUCUGACUUCAAGCAGAUUUCGGUAGCUGAUCUCCCGGGCUUAAUAGAGGGCGCCCAUAUCAACAGAGGAAUGGGACACAAGUUCCUCAAGCAUGUGGAGAGGACCAAACAACUUCUGUUCGUGGUUGACAUUGGCGGAUUUCAACUCUCCUUCAAGACUCCAUUCAGAACAGCGUUUGAAACUGUGCAGUUGCUCAUCUUGGUGAGUUGGGAUUAUGUCCACAUGCUGCCGGAAGAGCUAGUCCCGGAGCAGCAGAUCAACCAGCAGAUCCCCGUCAGACACAUCCUCCCGGUAUCCGCUGUCUCCGGCCGAGGAAUGCAGGAGCUCACCCGCUGUCUCCGCAGGUCGCUGGAGGAUCAAGCCGAAGUAGAGAUCGGAGAAUCUGCGCAGGAAAAACUGCGAAACCUCCAUAAAAUGAGAUCGCUCCGCGUGCCAGAUAAAGUACAGACUCCAUCCUGAUCCACAGCCACCUCCGUGUCUUGUAUAUUUCUGUGUAUGAUUUUGUACAGUUUGUGUAAGCCCCAUUAAAUAU